AUUGGCUUAUAUAAAGACUGUGGUUCCAACUGCUGCUGCUUUGGAUUUUUUUCCUUAAAGUCAGCUUAAGAGGGGGCGGCUUGAAACGAUCUAAACCUUUUUGCUGGCUGCCAGAUCAGCUCUUGAGUUGAGAGACACUUCCCAACUUGCUGCGUGUGCUUCUGCUCUUCUGGUGGGAGAUUCUCCCAAUUUGGGUCCAUUACUCAUGGAAUACGAAGAAGACAAUGACGACAUUCUAUUCGCUAAAUGGAUGAGUAGCUUCUGGGGCCACAGAGGGAUAGAGGAGGGCGAAAGGGAUGCCAGAAACCACAGAAAACGCCAGUCACGUGCUCUGUCUGAAAGGAGAGCAUCUUUACCUUGCCCGUCUCAGCUGUCUGCCAUGCAUGUGACCAGGUUUCACUCCGCUUCCAAAGCGCCAUCUCCUGUCUAUCUCAAGGGCUUCAAGGAUAUUCGGGAAGACACCAAAUGCAACAACCACAUGAAAAUGAGUAAAAUAUCUUUGGUAGAUAACUCAUUACCAGAAAGCAAGGGACAAAAGAAGAGAUCAAAUUCUAUCCAAGAGUUUUCAGAAUCCUUUGAAAAGCAGCUGCGCUUCAGAACCAAACGCUCCACAUCAUUGGGAGAACACUCGGUAUCCAGGAGGAACUCGGGGUGCAGAGAGAAGAAUGAAGAUGAGGAUCCGUGUGUUAUCUGUCAUGAUGACCUCCACUCGGGCAGUGUUUGGGAACUUCAUUGUAUGCACCGAUUUCAUAAAGAGUGUAUUGAAAAGUGGCUGUGCAAGAAGCAGACAUGUCCUACGUGUCGAGUCCAGGUUUUCACGUCCAAGUCAUUCUUCUUAUCUUCUGCUCGAAUGAAAGUCCCAUGAAGGAAAAGUUCUAGAACUGGAGCACGGAUCACUUUUAUGCUUGGAUUGUAUUAUAAAUUAUGGACUAAGAAUGCCCUACAGUUUAAUUCCGGAGAACUGUCAUGAGCAUAGCUUUGUUUUAUACUAUAGAAUUUAUUUUUUACAAAGAAUUAAAAAUGUCAAUCAAAUAACGAGUGCUGCACUACAAAAUCUGAACGAUAGUGAACAUAUUUAUAUAUUAGUUGUAAUAUAACACUGAAUUGUUAAUAAAAAUAUUUGCUACAUUUACUU